UUUUCUCCUUUUUUUUCUUUCAUUUUUUUAGACUUUUUCUGCCAUAUUCGUAUACCGCAUACUACUCGCAUGGCUCAUUUUUUUGUUCUUACCACAGCGUACCGCGAAGCUCGGAGCCUCUGGUACCCAGGGUAACCGACGUAAUGUCCCAUCGAUCACCUCUCAAUUUCGCCUCUACUCUAGCCUUUCUUGGUUUGUGCAAAGACAACAUUGUCAUCAUACGACACCAAUCAACGUCAGUCAACAACUGACUCAAUGGACCAUGAUUGGGAGCUAUUCAAUAUUUUGGCGGGAGUCAAUCAACGCUUUGGAGUUAAAGUUUAACGAUGCGGAACGCAUGAUUUGCAGUUGGACACAGGACUUUCGCACAGAAGAACUCACUACAAAAUGAUCUCACAGAGCAGUAUUUUGCUCGUGUGCUUGCUGUCAGUUUUUCUGGUAUUGACAUCUGGGGAUCUCCUUCAACCUACAACAAAUACAUCAACCUCAACCUCCACUCUGGGCCCAAAUAGCAGCACUACUACAAAUAGUACCAUAGAACCAUCUACAGUGCCCUUUCAGACUGCCACACCCUUACCAAAGUUUGGACAAUUUACUCUCUCCAAUAAUGGGACCACCUGUCUGCUACUCGACCUGGACUGUGAUAUCAAAGUUACUUAUAAAGCCAGCAUUGAAUCUGUGAGGUAUCAUUUGCCUAGUAAUGCCAAAGUUAGUGGCAAUUGCAGCAGCCAAUCUGCUAUGUCCAUAGUCACAUUAUCAUGGUCACUCUCAAGAUCUACACUCAAUCUUACCCUGACAUUCAAGCAAGAUGGUAACAUAUGGAAAAUGAGUGAAGUUGAGUUUGUUGCUAAUGGGAACCCCCUGCUUGCCAAUUUUACAGGUGUUGUGGAGGCAAGGGCAAAUGACAGUUCAAUAUUGGUCAAAAAAGGCUAUAGCUACUUGUGCGAGAAAGAAGACUCAAUCAACCUUGGAAGUGAUGUGUUGCUGAUCUUCAAGAGUAUCAAGGUCCAGCCAUUCUCUGAUGAGUUUGGGGAAUUUGUCAACUGUGAAGAGAAGAAUAACCAGAAGGAUGGAACAGACAACGUAGUACCUCUAGUAGUUGGCUGUGUUCUGGCUGGAUUAGUGUUGAUUCUCAUCAUUACUUAUUGUGUUGGAAAACACAGGAAACAACAUGGAUAUGAGAACAUGUGAUCUAUACAAUGACGGACAAAUGUGGACUUACUUUUGAAAAUACAUUCUGCCAUAGCUAACAUUCGGCAACUUGUACUAACAGAUCAUGUGACUUUUUUGGUGGCAAAUUUGCGUUUGUGCUGCCUUUUAUUGGCAAAAUAACUAGAACAAAAAGCAACUUAUCCAGUGAUAAUGAAUCAGCCAUAAAGUUUAUUUGUCAGAAAAGGCCUGUUUUCAUUGAGAGAUUUUACUUUUUUCUUGGCUAUCUCUACCAUGACGGUUGCAGCCAUCUAUUUGCUUAUUUUUACUUCAAUUGUUGAAUUUGCAACUCAAAAAGUCACACGUAACUUCUUAGUUCAAGUCGCCCAUUGUUUUUUUGGUUUUUUUUCUGGGUGACAAGGGAAUGAGAUUUAGCAGAUUUUUCUCCAUAAGGUCCCUAAGAAGAAAUAAAAAGAAUUUCAUAAAAGAGGAGUAGUAACCCUU